AUCACUUGGAGGACUGACUAUGAAAUUGUGGACUCAUUCGCGCAAUUUACAACUUCCCAUUAGCCUUCCGUGGGUGGUGGACUUUGUCAGAGUUGAUAUGGAACGCCUCGCAAGUGACUCGGAGGAAAACAAGCCCAAACAAAGUAAAGCUUUAUAUUCCAUGACUGGAAACAUAACCAGUGAUAAUUUAUCUGUGGUUUCCCCUAAAAAGCCCCAAGAAGGUGAUUCUUGCGUUGGAACAGGCAGGACUUCACUUAAAGCCGAACAAUGUGGCGCUUUAGAGGGAAAAGUUUCUACAUCCCCCAUCAAUUCUUCGAUGGAAUUGGCAAACAUUAAAAAGGAGUCUUCGAGACCAACUAUAGAAGUGAAUGGAACUUCCUCGGACGAGGAGUCUGUUACAGAUAGUGAGGAAAUGGUGGAGGAGAAAGAGACAGAGCAGAACUUGACAUACUUAAAGAAGCUUUCCAAGAAUACACUUAAUAAUAUAAGAGAGAAGUUAGUUGAAAAACAGCUGCAUUCUUCCACAUUACCUGCUUUCAACACACAACGAGAUAACUUCUCAACAGAGAAUGUGGAUAUAAAGACGAGCUCACCGUUUACACUUUUGAAGUUUUUCAGGAGUGUCUUAACAGUUGAAAGGUAUGACGAGAAUGCGGAAGAUAAACUGUUAGAAGAGAUCGAGGAAAGGCUUCAGUCUGCUAAAGUGCUCCAUACUCGAGGUCAUUCUAUUCGUGCGUUGGAGUGUUGCAAGUUAGCGAGAAGUAAUAUGGAACGUUCGAAAUUAUUCCGAAGCUUUUUCGAUCGCUUAAUUAGAAAGUUGGUGAUUUACGAAAGUGAUUUUGACAACGCGGUGCCUUUUUUUGAAUUUAUUGAUAAAUUGAAUCUUGCUGAACAACUUGAACAGGUUAACAAUAUGAAGCGCAGUAGAGUUUUGACUUAUUUCAAACUGGAAAGAAUGUCGCAAGAAGAUUCAAAAGGGAAGGAUGAUUCUGGUUUGGAUAGAAAUUCAAGUUCUCAUACAUUAGAUCUACUCUUUCCUGAGCGAGAAAAACGACUACACGGAGAAAUGCACAAUGUUUGGAAAUAUUUGGUAGAAUGUUGUUUUAUAACUGGUUCUUGUCUUUACAAACUUGGUUCAUUCAGUGAUGCGUUUGAGUGGUUUCAACUUUGCCACAUUUUGGACGAAUCGAAUUGCAAAGUUCUUUGUGGACUUUCGACAACACUACGUGAAGUUGCUCCUGAUCGUAUAACGGAAGCUUUGGAUUAUCUUCGAAAAGCUUACGAAUUCGAUGUAUCGGACCCUGAAGUAGCUCAAAUUCUUGCUUCAUUUCUUGUAGAUAUUGGUGUUCGUUUAAAGUUGGCUGGAUUGUCGAAAGAAGCGAUUUCAUAUUAUCAAGAGGCGCUUUCUGUUUAUCCAACCUUUUCACAAGCGUGUUAUAAUUUGGGUGUGACAUUUGCUGACCUUGGAAAGACGGAUGACGCUCUUCGUUAUUAUACUGAAGCUGUUCAAUGUAAUCCUCAUCAUGCAGAAGCUUACUGCAAUGCUGGUGUGAUUUAUAAAGAGAAAGGUGAUCUUAUGACGGCGAUUGAGAAGUAUAAGCAGUCCCUGGAGUCAAAUCCAAAUUUUGACUUGGCACGAAAUAAUCUUGCUAUAGCUUAUUCAGAUUUAGGUACUGUGUGGAAAACGAAGGGAGAUCUUUCAAAGAGUGUUUAUUACUACAAAAAGUCCCUUUCAUUGAAUCCUUGUUAUCCAGAUGCACACUAUAAUCUGGGCGUUGCCUAUUCAGAAGCAAGAAAGUUUGACAGGGCAGUUACACACUAUGAACUUGCAAUACGAUUCAAUCCUUCACAUACCGAGUCUUUGAAUAAUUUGGGAGUUUUAUACAAAGAAAUGGGCAAUUUAGAGCGUGCUAUUGCUUCUUAUAAGGCUGCACUUAAUAUUAAUCCACAAUAUUUUCAGACGCAUAAUAAUCUCGCGGUUGUCUAUACGAUUAUGGGUGCUUGCGACUUGGCCAAAGAGCAUUUGUCCAUGGCCAUUGCAUUGAAUUCUUCGUAUGCUGAAGCUCAUAACAAUUUGGGAGUGCUGUUAAGAGAUGAGGGAGAUAUUCAUGGUGCAAUUGAACAUUAUGAACAGUGCUUACGUACUGAUCCUCGUGCAGAGAUGACAGCGCAGAAUCGGUUGCAUGCUCUCAAUUAUGCAGAUGAAUAUGAUGUAGAGACUAUCUAUCAUGAGCACAAAAAAUGGGGUGACCGAUUCUUAAAACGAAUCCAAAAAGAAAUGGAGGAUGCAGCAAAUAGUGGCAAUGAAGUUGCAAAGACAUUAUCCGAAAGAAGAGUUGUCGAUUCGAUUCCUCGUGGUCCGAAUUAUCGACUGAGAAUUGGAUACAUCUCACCAGACUUCUUUACUCAUUCCGUCUCUUAUUUUAUUGAAGCCCCUUUGUAUUAUCACGACUCUGAGAAUAUGGAAAUAUUUAUAUACUCCAAUGUGAGUAAACCAGAUAGGAAGACUGCACGUUUCAAGUGUUUUGACUCUGUAAAGACGCACUGGAGAGAGAUCGUUGGAGAGUCGACUCUUGUCGUAUGUCAAAAGAUUCUACAAGACAGGAUAGAUAUAUUGAUUGAACUAGCAGGACACACUGCUGGUAAUCGAUUGGAUGUGAUGGCUGCACAACCAGCUCCUAUUCAAGUUACCUGGAUAGGAUAUCCCAAUACAACUGGACUCCCAACAGUUGAUUAUAGACUAACCGAUAACACUGUUGACCCAGAAAAUACUAUUCAGAAGUUUACAGAAAACUUGUGGCGUUUGCCAAAAUGUUUUCUUUGUUAUACCCCAUCAGCUGAUGCUCCUCCUUGUUCAACUCAAAUACCUGCAGUGAAUAAUGGAUAUUGCAUUACUUUUGGAAGUUUCAAUGUAUUGGCAAAAACGCAAGCGAAUACUAUUGCACUCUGGUCCAAAAUACUUCAUUUGGUUCCCAAGUCUCGUUUGCUUCUCAAGGCAAAGCCAUUUGCAUCAUCUUUUGCACGAAGACGUUUUGAAUAUGUUUUCGAAGCUGUUGGUAUCACCCCAGAUCGUUUGGACUUGUUACCUUUGUUACCUGAAACGAGGAAUCACUUGGAAACAUAUUCACUAGUUGAUAUAUGUUUGGAUCCGUUUCCUUAUGCGGGGACUACAACAACAUGUGAGGCCCUUUAUAUGGGUGUUCCUGUCGUUUCACUAUCAGCGGCUGGUCAGAAUCACGCUCAUUCCGUAGGAGAGACGCUUUUGAAAUCCAUAGGACACUCAGAAUUGGUAGCGCAUUCCGAAGAAGAAUAUGUAGAUAUUGCAGUGUCAUUGGCGAGCGAUUUGGAUCGAUUGAAGCGACUUCGCAGUUCAUUAAGAAAUGAUAUGCUUUCGUCUCCUUUGUGUGAUGGAGUUACGUUUGUAAAGGAACUGGAAUCAGCCUAUUGUCAAAUGUGGCAAGCGAAAGGAGGAAUAUUAGAAUGAAAGUAGCAGAAGAUUUUUUUUAUUGGAAGAUGAAUAUUGAAAGUACGUAUAUAGAUACAUAUAUAGGAUGAAUGAAAUGUUUAUCCAAUUGAGGCUUCUUUAGUGAAAAGAAGACCGUUUUUGGAGUUGUGUCCUUUCCACCCCUAUGUCAUUCUUUUUAUAAACACAGUUUGUUAUGG